GGUCACUGAUUUACUCAAAACAGAAGAACACUGGAGCAUAAAUUUAUUCGCCCUAUUUCAUACUAUGCGUGCAUUAAGUUUACUGUGGGAACAGAUUUUUUCACAGGCAAUUCGUCGAACACUUUUAAUCUCUUGGACGUCCCAGCUACCUCAGUUGAAUCACAGCUUCUGUACCCAACCAAAUACCAAUUCAAGCUCCCCCGAACUAGAUGAUGAAGAAGAGAGUAAUUUGUGUCAGAGAAUUGAGAAGCUCCCGAAUGAAGAGCCUGUUUGCUCUGCAUUUCAGAGCUGGAUGGGCGAUGGAUUUCCAGUUCACAGAGGAGAUAUCUUCUAUACCAUCAACCGUUUACGCAAGCGUAGAAAAAACAAACGGGCCCUCCAGGUUAUGGAAUGGGUGAUUAGGGAAAAACCCUACAUGCCAAAGGAACUAGACUACUCGUAUCUGUUGGAAUUUACUACUAAACUUCAUGGGGUUUCGCAAGGUGAGAAGCUAUUUUCUUGUGUUCCGUCAGAGUUUCAAAAUGAGCUGCUUUACAACAACCUUGUAAUGGCAUGUUUGGAUAAGGGCAAGAUAACAGUUUCGCUAGCUUAUAUGAGGAAAAUGAGGGAACUUGGUUAUUCUAUUUCACACUUAAUCUUCAACCGGCUCAUUAUCCUCCAUUCAUCUCCCAGACGGAAGAAAGCCAUUCCAAAAAUUCUCACACAGAUGAAAGCUGAUAAUGUGGUUCCCCAUGUUUCCACAUACAAUAUUUUGUUAAAAUUAGAAGCUAACCAGCAUAAUAUUGAAGGGUUGGUAAAGGUAUAUGGGGACAUGAAACUGGCAAAGAUUGAACCCAAUGAGAUAUCUUACUGCAUACUGGCAACUGCUCAUGCUGUAGCAAGAUUGUUUACUGUAUGCGAGGCUUAUGUUGAGGCCGUGGAGAAGAGCAUGACAGGGAAAAAUUGGUCAACAUUGGACGUCCUAAUUAUAUUAUAUGGUUCCUUGGGUAAGAAGAAGGAAGUAGAAAGGAUUUGGAGUGCUGUGCAAAGCCAUCCACAUGUUUCUUCAAAGAGUUUUGUGCUAGCAAUCGAAGCAUUUGGUAAAAUUGGGGAGGUGAACAGGUCUGAAGAGCUUUAUUAUGAAAUGAAAACAAGUAAAGGAUUGACAUGCACUGAGCAAGUCAAUUCACUGAUAUCUGUUUACUGCAAACAUGGGUUCAUUAGCAAAGCAACUGCACUGUACAGAGAUAUAGACAAAGUCGGAUGUAAACCAAAUGCCAUAACAUAUCGACAUCUUGCCAUUGGUUGCUUGAAGGCAGGCUUAGUCAAAGAAGCUCUCAAGACCCUAGAGUUAGGAAUGGAUUUCACAACCACCACAAUGAUCAGAAAAUCGACCCCAUGGCUAGAGACUACUUACUCAAUGACUGAGAUAUUUGCAGAAAAUGGUGAUGUAGAGAAUGUUGAGAAGUUAUUUGAGGAAUUAAAGAAGGCAAAUUAUACCAAGUAUACUUUUGUUUACAACACCUUAAUUAAGGCAUACAUAAAGGCCAAGAUCUAUGAUUCGAAUCUUCUUAGAAGAAUGAUACUGGGAGGGGCUAGGCCUGAUUCUGAGACCUAUAGCUUACUUAAGCUUAUUGAGCAAUACAGGACCUAAUAUAAUGAUUAUGAUUGAAAAUUAUAGUUUAAUGUUCCCACAAAAUUCGGAAUAUGGAUAAGAUGCCAUACUCGUGCAGAAAUCUGAAAGAUCAUUAUGCAGCUGUAGGAGGUGAAACUUUUUCUAUGCUCGUGAUAGGUCUCUACUUUGCCAAAUUGUUCAAUAGAAUCUAUAGAAAGGAGGUGAUAUAUUUUUUGAUGGAGUUGACAUGACGAAGGACAACUGGUCUAAUUUAGCCAAUAACAAUCUGAGCUGAAUGUGUAACAGUUGGAAGAAUAGGUAGAGGUAGUUGGGAAGAUGGAGUGUUAUAGCCUCGGGCUUGGCCCUCAAUAUUCCAGUGUCGCUGUGGUGGGGGUGUUACUGUAAAGAGCUCUACUACUGCCAGUAGAAACCUAAGCAGCCAUGUUCUUUGAAUCUGGGUUCUGGUUUGCUUUUAAUAAAGUGUCAAGCGUUUGCCAAUGGCAAUUGUGAUAUAACUGGAUUUGAAAGGUUUAGAAUGUGCAGCAUUGUGUUCAACAACGGUGAACGUGUAAGUUGUUAUUCCAAGUAAAAGAAUGCUGUUCAUUGCAAAAUCGAUCAUUCAGAGCAUGCAAGUCUUGCCGACAAAUGCAUCUGCAUUGCAAUAGAAGCACAUUAUUAUUGAGUGAAGCACAUUAUCAUUGAGUGAGCACAGCGUUUCUACUUGCAAAAUAUUUGAAGUUGUAUUUUUUUUUUAAUGAGACAUUUACUCAUUAUUAUACUCUGUACAUAUUAUACAUAAUAGUUGGUGUAUGAUUAAGUCUGUACAUGCUUUAAGUUACAUUGUUAGCAUUAUUCAUCUUAAUAGAUUGUCGUCCCUUUUAUGUUUC